GUUAUGGAAACUUGUUGUAUUAGGUAUAUAUAUAUGAUAUGCACAUUUUAAUCUACUACAAACAGAAGUUUUGAACAGUUUAAAAUUGUUUAUAAAGUUAGAAAAUGAGGUCGUCACUGAAUAUAUUUAUUUUCACUUUUACUGGUUUUGUAUUGACAUAUGGAAAAAUGAUACCUGAAUAUUUUCCUCUAUGUAAUAGAUACGAUAAAAACUUGAAUGAUUGCCUACUCACUGCCACUGAAACUAUAAAACCUUAUUUAAGUAAAGGUAUACCCGAACUAAAAAUACCUUCUUUCGAACCUUUCAUAAUACCAGAAAUAAAUUUGGAACAAGGAACUUCGGCUUUAAAUUUUAAAGCGACGUUGAUAAAUACAGAAAUAUAUGGUCUCACAGAUUAUACAUUCACCAGAUUUGAUUUUGACGUCUCGAAUCUACAAUUUUUCUGCGAUUGUAACAUAAAUUGUCUAACUUUGAAAGGCAAUUAUACUGUUUCUGGUAAAAUUUUCGUAGCACCUAUUCUUGGAUCUGGUACUUUCACAGCCUCUGUUGAGAACUGUAACGCUUCCGUUUAUCAAAAAGUAAAAAUAGAAAAACUUAGAAACGAUAAAGACUUCAUAGUCCCCACCCUUACUAACAGCAGCAUAAAUGUCAGUGGACCUAAAGCAAAUUUACAAGGACUCUUUAAUGGCAACAAACAAUUAAGUGAAAUCACAAAUAAAAUCAUUAACGACAACAUAAACGAACUAUUCCAAGAUUUGAAACCCGUUUUAGAAAAGAUUAUGACAGAAAUUAUAGAAGAUAUGCUUUUAAAAGCCAUCGAAGGACAAGUACCAUUUGAUGAAUUAUAUCCACCUCUACCCUGAUCAUAUCCUAAAAAAUAAACUUAAAAUUUUA